CCAGCCCGCGCGCGGCGCGCGUGUAUAGUUUUUGGUACCUAUUUUAAAAUGAAAAUUCAUGCUAUAGCAAUCGGCGAAUUGUGCAUCGUCCGUAUGUCAUCCGUUAAUGAAAUAUGAAAUUUAUUUAUAAAAAAUAAAUUUGCCUCACAAUAUCUGCUAUAUUUUCUUUUCCAGAAAUGAAAUAAAUGUUAUAUAAAUUUUUAUGAGACGCAUCUUCAAUCUAGUUUGGCCGCCAUAACUGAAGCUCGUUCGGAGUCCCUGAGUCCGUGUUGUGCUAUUUUUUUGUUGUUUAUAGAACAGUGGUUUUUGAUAAUGAUUAAAUAUGGAUUUUCCUGAACUAUACUGAUAUCAUGGACAUUAUUGUUAUGUGAAGUGAUUGAUAAUAAAGGAGAAUCGAUGUAAUUACUUUCUUCGAAAAAUCAGUAUUUUUAGUUCAUCCGCCAUAUUGGCGUUAAUGUCUUUUCGUGUGAAGUAAACAGUGCUAAGUUUACUUCAGCAUUCCUGUCCUUAGUUGCUAACCAAUCUGCCAUUGCAAAAAGGUGGGACUAUUUACCAACUAUUUAAUGGGAUGAAUAGCUACUGGGUGCAAAAGCACCGAAUCAUAGUAAUAUGGUAGACAAGUUUAUAGUUAUUGGAGGAUUAAGCUGAUGCCUCUUAGUCAGAAACUCUACGAGCCUCUUGUUACAAUUGAGGUAGAUAGCAGACUCGAGCACGAUGCAGCAAGCUGUGGACCCUUUGGCCACCACCAGCACGCCCACGGCGGAGCCGGUGAAUGGGGCCGGCAUGGAGGACGGCGCGCGGCGGCAGGGCCGGGUCACUAAUCAGUUGCAGUUCCUGCAGAAGAAUGUCAUGAAGGCAGUAUGGAAACACCAGUUUGCGUGGCCAUUCCACCAGCCAGUCGACGCCAAAAAAUUAAACCUCCCUGAUUACCAUAAAAUUAUCAAAAAGCCUAUGGAUUUGGGCACCAUCAAAAAACGUCUCGAGACAAACUACUACCAUUCAGCGCAAGAAUGUAUACAGGACUUCAACACCAUGUUCACCAAUUGUUACGUGUACAACAAGCCAGGGGAGGAUGUGGUCGUCAUGGCGCAGACUCUGGAGAAACUCUUCCUCAACCGGAUCGCGCAGAUGGAGAAAGAGGAGAAGGAGAUCGAGACUCCAUCGAAGGGUGCGAAGGGUGGCGCGAAGAAGCGGCCGGGCGGCAGCUCGACCGGCGCGGCGGUGCCGGCGGCGGCGCCCCCCGCGCCCGCGCCCCCGCGCGCCGUCAAGGCGCCCCCGCACCCCGCGCUCGUCGGCUCCACCAAUAGCACGACGGCGCCCGCGCUGCCCACCGCUGCCCCUGUGCCCCCAGUGGCCGCUACCCACACCGGCCUUCCGCAGCAGGUGGCGACUCAGCCCUCAAAUUUUCAUGUGGCUCCUCCUGUGACGCAGCCAGUUCCAACCAUGCCCGCUGUCACCCUGUCUCAAACACAGCCGGCGAAAGUGAAAAAGGGAGUUAAAAGAAAGGCUGAUACGACAACGCCUAUGGGUAGCUCCUUCGAAGGCGGCUACACGACGCCCACGAUCGACCAGCAGGGUGGACCUAAACCAGCAAAAAUUUCAACUAGACGGGAAAGUGGACGUCAGAAAAAGACGGGUCGGGCGGGCGACGACGGCUUCAAGAUGGGCGUGGGCGGGCUGUCGCCGGGCGCGGGCGGCGCCGCGGCCCCGCACCACUCCGCCAUGACACCGCAACUAGCCAAGGGGAAGGAGAAGCUCUCUGAUGCUCUCAAAAGUUGCAAUGAAAUCCUAAAGGAGCUAUUCUCAAAGAAACAUUCAGGCUACGCAUGGCCGUUUUACAAGCCUGUAGAUGCCGAACUGCUUGGACUUCAUGACUAUUUUGAUAUUAUAAAGAAACCAAUGGAUUUAGGAACUGUUAAACAAAAAAUGGACAACAGAGCUUACAAAACGGCAGCAGAAUUCGCAACAGAUGUCCGUUUAAUAUUUACGAAUUGCUACAAGUAUAACCCGCCAGAUCACGACGUUGUCGCGAUGGCUCGUAAACUACAAGAUGUUUUUGAAAUGAGAUAUGCCAAAAUCCCGGACGAGCCGCUGCACGGCGGCGCGCCGCACAUGGAGAAGGGCAGCUCGGCGUCCAGCUCCGAGUCCGGCUCCGAGUCCGACUCCGAGUCCGACGACUCCGAGGAGGAGCGGAACAACAAAGUCAAAUUAUUAGAAAAAGAAUUGCUCGCCCUUCAAGAGAAAAUGCGGAAGUUAGUCGAUGAAUCAAAUCAAAAGAAGAAGGCGAAAAAGAAAGUGAAAGACAAAACGAAAAAACAGAUCCCUAAUAGCAGUGCCGGGCCUUUGCCGAAACCGAAUGUGACUACCGCAUAUGGUGCUAAGGCGAACAAUAUCAGUGAAAAUCUUGCGGCAAACGCAGUCCGAGGCAAGCCGGGCGGCAAGCGCGGCGGCGGCGGCGGCGCGGGCGCGGGCGGCAAGGCGGGCAGCGCGCGCGGCGCCGCGGCCGGCAAGCGCAAGAGCUCCGCGCCGGCCGCGCCGCCCGCGCACGCGCCGCCCCACGCCGACUCCGACGAGGAGGACCUCGCCAAGCCCAUGUCCUACGACGAGAAGCGACAGCUAUCGCUCGACAUCAACAAACUGCCGGGAGAUAAGCUUGGCAAGGUGGUGCACAUUAUCCAGAGCAGAGAGCCAUCGUUGCGCGACUCCAACCCUGAUGAAAUAGAGAUUGACUUUGAAACUCUGAAACCGUCCACACUUCGAGAACUAGAGAAUUAUGUCGCGUCAUGCCUUCGAAAAAAGACACAUCGUAAAGUGUCCGGGAAAACAAAAGAUGAGCAAAUGGCUGAAAAGAAACAAGAGUUAGAAAAACGGUUGCAGGAUGUGUCUGGGCAAUUGGGAGCACAAAAGAGCAAACAACAAGCUAAAAAAGACGGCAGCAAGGAGGGCCUGGCGGCGGGCGGCGGCAUCUCGUCGUCGUCCAGCUCGUCGGACUCGUCCAACUCGUCCUCCAGCACCGACACCAGCUCGUCCGACAGCAGUGACAGCGAAGCAGGAACUGGUUCCGGCAGAACCCCUAAAAAGAAGGCCAAGAAGCUGCAGCAAGUCCCACCGCUAACUGUAAAUAAGGCAUCAAUUCCCGUCCCAACGGUAGCGACGACGGUGGCGACGCCCGCGGUACCAGUGCCGACGAGUGAGGCGCCUCCCGCCGCGCCGCCCGCGCCCGCGCCCGCGCCCGCCCUCGUGGAGCCGGCCGCGCCCGCGCCGCCGCCCGCCGCGCCACCCGCGCCCGUCGACACCGCGCCUGCGCCCGCCGCACCGCCCGCGCCCACUGCGCCGCCCACUAACAAUAACCUACCCGACCCUGCGCCCGCACCGCUUAUACCCGACAUUGAUCAGAAACUACCUGUCAAGACGGAGCCUAGAAAUGGCCUCGACAAGGUUGACGCCUCGCAGUACAUCGAUCCGAUCGAGCGAUCGCUGGCGAGCCUGGAGAGAAGCCUUAAGGCUGAAGUACCUAUGGACAUGAAUGUGGGAGUCUCUGACUCCUCAAUGCGACUCGAGGACGACUUUUCCCUCACGAAGCCGCAAAUAAUGUCCGAUACACACAACCUGAUGGCUCAGCUGGGGGGCCUCACGGACAUGGCUCAUUUGGCUGAACCUAUAAAGACCGAACACAGCAUGUACAUGCCGGUGCAGCACAACGGUUACAUGGACAAGAGCAUGGGGCACGAGCUGGGCGCGGGCGCGGCGCGCGGGGCGGACGCGGCGCCGCUGCCCGCCUCGCUGUUCGACCCCGCGCCCUCCGUCAUCCACCCCCCCGCGCCGCCCGCGCCCGCGCCCGCCGCGCUCGCGCCCCUCGCCGCGUCGCAUCCCGCGCUGCACCUCGCGCCGCACAUCAAGAAGGAAGACACUAAGCCGCUACUCACGCCCAAACCUAUCGAGGACCUCCUUAGUGUACCCAACAUGGUCAACAAUAACAUUAACGACAUCAACAAGUAUAGCGAAAUGGAAAAGAAGAUGGAAGAAGCGAAAAAUUUAAAUUUCGCUCAAGCUUUUAAAUUAAAACAGGAACAAAACUUAAAGAAUGCCAGCUCCUGGUCCUCAUUGGCGCAAACUGGGAGCCCUCAGACCACUCCAAACCCAACAGUGACCAACCAAAUAAAGCAAAAGCCCGUUGUUAUGGACAGUUUUCAAAUAUUUAAAAAACAAGCGAGGGAGAAAAUAGAUAGACAAAGAGCACUAAUAGAGCAGCAGGAGAUGAGGAAGAAGGAGCAGGCGGCGGAGCGCGAGCGCCAGCGCCAGGAGACCGAGCGCCGCCACCCCGACGAGGAGAAGUCCAGCAGGGCCGUGGGUAUGGUGGCUCCUAUCGCGCGGCGCGAGGGCGAGGCGUCGCCCACGGUGUCGCCGGCGCCGCGCCCGUCGCCGCCCGCGCCCGCCGCGCCGCCGCCGCCCGACAAGCCCGCCGCCUCCGAGCGCGCGCUGCAGCGCCAGAGGGAGCAGGAACGCCGACGGAGGGAAGCCUUGGCCGGUCAAAUAGACAUGAAUAUGCAGAGCGAUCUAAUGGCCGCCUUCGAGGAAUCCCUUUAAUGUGUAUCGUUAAAUAAAUAAUUGUACAGUUAUUCGUGUAAUGGAAAUGCAAUAUAAUAAAUAGGGUGAAUUCGACAUUGGUGUGCUAUUGUGAUUGUGCGUGAAACUGUUGACUAACAAGUGGUUAAGUGCUGUGAAUAGAUAUACUUACUUAUCUUAAAUUAUACUGUUGUAUGUACCAUCAAAAUAGACUUUGUGCUCGUGAGUAUAGGACCCUGUCGUCGGGGUUGCAUUUUAAAUAGUGUAUUAUAUUAAAUCUGUGUAAGUUCUAAAUCGUAAUGAACUCUCUUUACGUGUGUAAGAUUAUAUUUAUAUUUUUUUGUCAAAACAACUUUGACUUCCAUAAUUGUUUUCUAGUACCUAUUGUGACUAAACUAGUAGUGAUUAAAAAAAUCAACACAGUUCUCUUAAUUACUGUUAAUAACAAUCGUUUGAACCAUGAAAAUAUUUAAUGUUAAUAAUUCACGCGUUUUAUUUUUGCAUUGUCAGAUGUUUUAUUUCUUAUAUGCUUUACUAUGUACUAUGUUUUGUUUGCUUUAAUAUGGAUCACACAGCAGCAGGCACUAUUUUCUUGCAAUUAUAAAAUGCGUGAUGUAAUAUUUAUUAGUAAAUAAAAUUGAACUUGUCUGUUACAUAUGUAUUCGAUUUUUGAUAAAUAUUGCUAUGUUAGUAGAUUUUUUAUCAGUCUUGUCAUGAUUUGAAGCCAGAUCAAAUGUCAUACAUUUGGUUUGAAAUUUUAAAAUAAUAUAUUUAGGUAAUUUCAAUUGGAAAUGUCUUUUUAUGUUUGUAGAUAGAGCUCCAGUUUUGUACUAAAUAUUGAACUAUUCACAAUGGGUAUGGAAUGAAAAUAGUAGUACCUACCUAUCUAAUGAAAACAUUGUAUAUUUAUAAGCAAAUUUUCAUUUCAGUCAUUUACUCAGAAUCAAAUCAGAUGUAGAUACGAAGUAAAUAUAUUGACAUUCCAUAUUGUA